UAGUAUAAGAAAAAAAAAUUGAAAAAUCAAUAUGAAAAUGUAGAGAGAAAAAUAACGCAAUACAUACAAUAAGAAAAUAAACUAAGAAAAACAUUCGUGAAAGCAAAGUAGCACAAAACAAACAUAAAACAAAGAGUAGGGAGGGAGGGAAUCGGAAAUACAAACUGUUUAGAAAAACCCACGAUUUCACUUCACAACCAUUUAACUGACGUCACAAGGUAGACGACGAGAGACGCUCACGCCACCAGCUCCACAUCAGUUCACAGCUGGCCUCCACGCAGUCCAGACCUCUCCUGCUCCAGUUAGUUUUUCACCUUUCACCGACUUUUUCCACGUAGCCUGACCGAUGUCGGACCAGAACGAGGCUCACGGAACGCCAAGGCGUUCGUCAUCGUCGUCCUCUGAGAAGAAGAGACGUGAGAAAGACUCUGUGCCUUUACCGGCCAGUAAAAGGAGGGCCACCCAGGACACGGGAGUGAAGGACGGCCCGAGUCAACCACGGCCCGAGUGUGGUUCACCACCAGCUGUGGCCGGCCCAAGUCGCGCCAACACAACAACCGAGUGCUCGUCUGGCGGUGAAACUAUCAACCGGCUAUCUGCAUUGUUGAGUGAUUUAAUUGAAAAACUCGACAAUAACCCAGUACGGGAAGAUGAGCCUUACGAUAACUGUGAAAAUAUUCGUGGUCUUCAUGACAUUUCCUCGUCUGAGGAAGACGCCACAGUAAAUUUAGUGGGUUUGCUUGACCCUUUGGAUGACCUGGACACGUUCCACUCCAUGCCUGCGUCCCAAGACUGUGAUGAGGUUGAUUUUCUUAAGGCAUUAGGGGAAUUCUCAGGUCUUUUCCAUAGUGAGGAACAGAAAGGAGAGCCCCUCUCUGAGCGUUUGGCCUCCAUCCUGAACUUGAGUUUGAGACGUCGACCCUCCGCUGAAGGUAUAAAAUCUACUUGUGAAAAAAUCAAGCUCCCAAGCAAUGUGCCAAACCUAAAAGUUCCGGUGACCAACGCUGCUGUUUCCAAAGCGAUGAGUUUUGGUGAAAAAUUGAUUGACGCCAAGCUUACUCAAACUAAUGGCCUGAUCUCAAAGAGUUUUGGUGGAAAAUUGAUUGACGCCAAGCUUACUCAAACUAAUGGCCUGAUCUCAAAAGCUUUAGUUCCUAUUGCACUGUGCAUAAGCGAUAUCGGGGAAAAGAAAGGAAAAAAUAUAAAUUCAUACUUAGAUGGACUAAACAUGAGUCUUAGGCUGCUUUCCUCUGUUAUUAAUUACAUUAAUCAACUACGGAAAGAAGUUGCACGGCUCCAUGUUCACGACUCUGCCUUGGCCGAGCUUUGCAAGUGGGAGUAUGAGGUUGGACAAGAUGCUCUUUUUCCGUUUGAUGUGACUAAGAAAUGCGAGGAAAUACAUAAAACAAAGAAACUGGGAAGGCCUACAUACCGUCCUUACAAGUCUUCUGGGAGGAGGUAUGCUUCAAACAAGCAAACUAGGCGGCCCUAUCAGGUUUCCUCGCAUUCUCAGCUACAUAACCAGCCAAGGCCUUUUUUAGGCCAGAAGCAUCCCCAGGGGAGAGGGAUGCAUUUACCAAAACUCCACCAAUAAGCCACCCCAGGGAUCAUCUCAAGAGUCUUGAAGAAACUCCAAGAAGACGAGGCAUCAAUACUGAUGAUAUUCCCACUGUGGCCGACCCAGUUUUGGUUCCCCAAAGCUCUCCAGCUAAUGGCAGCAGUUCCCGUUCUUCUCCCCAAAAAUUCCCUAGUUCUUCCACAACAUCCUACUCAACGCCAUCCACAGGCUCAGAGGUUGGUGUUAACGGCAGCGAUUUUAUCAGGGAAUCGUACGAAAAUCAAGGCUUUUCGGCAGAGGUUGCCCAAUUUCUCCUUACGUCAUGGAGAGAUAGCACAAAAUCACAAUAUGGGCCACCUCUCAGACGCUGGAUGUCUUUUUGCAUCUGCGGGGAAAUUGAUCCAUUUCAUCCACCUUUGAAUAUAUUUCUCCAAUAUUUGUUGUCAGAAUUUAGGAGUGCAAAAGGGCGAAGCUACAGCUCAAUGAACACCAUAAGAUCAGCCAUCUCUACCGUAGCCAGUAUUAAUGACCGGCCGGCAGGACAACAUCCCUUAGUGACCAGAUUUAUGAAGGCAGUUUUUAGGGAAAGACCAGCUUUUCCCCGAUGCCGUAUUACCUGGGACCCUAAAUUAGUCUUGGAUCACUUGACAAGUUUAGGGCAAAAUAAGGAUUUAUCACUCAUUCAACUUUCCAGAAAACUGGCAAUUCUUAUGCUAUUAUUGACUGGUCAACGAGGACAAACGUUACACUUACUUGACACUAGAAACAUGACUGUCUCAGAGUCCAGAGUUGUUUUUAGGAUAGGGGAUCCACUUAAAACUUCGAGGCCAGGUGACCAUUUGUCCGAGUUGAGUUUUAAUGCCUAUCACCAUGAUGAAAAGUUAUAUGUUGUUGCCACAAUAGUGAAUUACCUUAGUAGAACAAAAUCCAUACGCGGGGAAAUCACGGGAUUUUUUAUAACAACAAAACCUCCAAUAAAAUUAGCUGCGAGGGAUACGUUACGUCGGUGGACGAAAAAUAUUAUGCAAGCUGCUGGGAUUGACCUGUCUAUUUUUUCCCCUCA